AUGCCGCUAUUCAAACGGCGGGAUGUUAAUACUCCCGCACCGACUUCCAGCAUUCGAGAGAAAUAUGACUUUCGAGAUGUCCUUGGGACAGGAGCGUUUUCAAAGGUCUUCCUAGCCGAAUCAAAAACCGAUGUGGGCCAGCUGUACGCUGUCAAGUGCAUCGAUAAGAAGGCGUUGAAGGGGAAGGAAGAGUCGCUGGAGAAUGAGAUCAAAGUUUUAAGGAAACUCCGACACAACAACAUAGUUCAGUUAUUCGAGACAUAUGACGAGAAGCAGUUUGUAUACCUCGUCAUGGAGCUAGUCACCGGUGGAGAGCUGUUUGAUAGAAUCGUGGCAAAAGGAUCGUAUACAGAACAGGACGCAUCGAAUCUCAUUAGACAAGUCCUGGAAGCAGUAUCAUUUAUGCACGAUAAUGGAGUAGUACAUCGAGAUUUAAAGCCGGAGAACCUUCUCUAUUACAACCAGGAUGAGGACUCGAAAAUUAUGAUCUCCGAUUUUGGACUUUCUAAGACAGAAGACUCUGGAGUGAUGGCGACGGCGUGCGGAACGCCGGGAUACGUGGCGCCAGAGGUUCUUCAACAGAAGCCAUAUGGAAAAGCUGUUGAUGUCUGGUCGAUAGGAGUCAUCGCUUACAUCCUUCUUUGCGGAUACCCACCAUUCUACGAUGAGAGCGAUGCCAACCUCUUUGCUCAGAUUAUCAAGGGGGAGUAUGAGUUUGAUGCCCCAUACUGGGACCAGAUCUCGGAUUCAGCCAAGGACUUCAUCUCUCACUUGAUGUGCUGUGAUCCGGAAAUGCGAUUUACUUGCCAGAGUGCGUUGGAACAUCCAUGGAUCAGUGGAAACACCGCCUACACUCAUGACAUCCACAGAACUGUCGCAGUGCAUCUUAAGAAAAGUUUGGCAAAGAGAAACUGGAAGAAGGCAUUCAAUGCUGCUGCAGCCAUCCGUCAGCUCCAACUUCUUCGUCUCUCUCCAAUAGCAACCGCCUUCAGAAACAAGCGUCCCAACAGCAACCAGCGCCUCCAAUUGCCUAAUGUUUUGGUUUUCCAAUACUUUUGUAAAAUACCGUAA